GCAAAAAUCGACCAACAUUCCAAACGAAAUUAAAUAGUAAUUUGGAAUCCAAUCAAACGCAGCAAAAAUAGCUCUCUCUCUCCUCUUCAACUUCAUCUCCUUCUUCACUCUCACCAUUCUCAGUCUGCUCCUCAAAAUCCUCUCCCAUGCUCCUCCGAAUUCCACCUCUCCUGCGGUUCCUGUAGAGGAGGACGCUGCACUCCCCGAAAUGGCUACCAUGGAGACCUUGAUCGGCCUCGUUAACCGUAUACAGAGGGCUUGUACUGUGCUUGGUGAUUAUGGCGGUGAUUCUUCCUUGCCUACUCUGUGGGAGGCUCUUCCGUCCGUCGUCGUCGUCGGCGGUCAGAGCUCUGGAAAAUCAUCGGUGUUGGAGAGCAUCGUCGGUCGUGAUUUUCUUCCCAGGGGAUCAGGAAUUGUUACAAGGAGGCCUCUAGUUCUGCAGCUCCAGAAGACAGAACCAGGGAGAGAGGAGUAUGCAGAAUUUCUUCAUCUGCCUAAGAAAAAAUUCUUGGAUUUCUCAAUGGUUAGGAAGGAAAUUGAAGAUGAAACUGAUAGAUUGACUGGGAGGUUAAAACAGAUUUCUCCCGUUCCAAUUCAUCUUAGUAUCUACUCUCCAAAUGUGGUUAAUUUGACACUCAUAGAUUUGCCUGGUUUGACAAAGGUUGCUGUAGAAGGACAGCCUGAGAGCAUUGUUCAAGAUAUCGAGGCAAUGGUUCAUACUUAUGUUGAGAAGCCUAACUGCAUUAUUUUGGCCAUAACUCCGGCUAAUCAAGAUGUUGCAACGUCUGAUGCUAUUAAGCUUUCUCGAGAAGUUGAUCCCACAGGUGAAAGGACAUUCGGUGUGUUGACAAAGCUUGAUUUGAUGGAUAAAGGAACAAAUGCUUUGGAAGUUCUUGAUGGAAGGUCCUACCGGCUUCAAAAUCCUUGGGUUGGAGUUGUGAAUCGUUGUCAAGCUGAUAUCAAUAAGAAUAUUGACAUGAUUACUGCUCGGAGAAGGGAACGUGAAUUCUUUGCUUCUAGUGCUGAUUACAGACAUUUGGCCAGCACAAUGGGCUCAGAGUAUCUUGCAAAACUUCUCUCAAAGCACCUAGAGUCUGUAAUAAAAGCACGUAUGCCAGGCAUAGCAUCAUUAAUUAACAAAAGCAUUGAUGAAAUCGAAACAGAGCUUGAUCAGCUUGGGAAACCCAUUGCAAUUGAUUCUGGGGCUCGGUUGUAUACUAUCCUAGAGCUCUGCCGUGCAUUUGACCAGGUGUUCAAGGAGCAUCUCCAUGGGGGGCGACCUGGCGGUGAUCGGAUAUAUAGCAUUUUUGAUAAUCAGCUCCCUCAUGCUUUGAGAAGGCUUCCCUUUGAUCGCUAUCUUUCACUGCAAAAUGUAAGGAAAGUGAUAUCGGAGGCUGAUGGAUACCAACCUCAUCUAAUUGCACCUGAGCAUGGUUAUCGGCGCCUUAUUGAAGGUGCAGUAAGUUAUUUUAGAGGUCCAGCUGAAGCUUCAGUAGAUGCUGUUCAUUCCAUACUGAAGGAACUAGUUAGAAGAUCAAUUGCAGAAACUCAGGAGCUGAAGCGCUUCCCCACUCUACAAGCCGAAGUUGCAAGAGCUGCAAAUGAAGCAUUGGAGCGGUUUCGUGAAGAUAGCAAAAAGACAACCUUGCGAUUGGUCGACAUGGAAUCCUCAUACCUAACAGUAGACUUCUUUCGAAAACUCCCCCAAGAAGUCGAAAAGGGAGUAACCCCAGCUGCAGCUUCCACAGAUAGGUAUACAGAGGCACAUUUCCAGCGGAUAGCAUCAAAUAUUUCGUCCUACAUCAAGAUGGUGUCUGAGACACUGAGAAACACUAUUCCAAAGUCUGUGGUCUAUUGUCAAGUUAGGGAGGCAAAGGGAUCUAUAUUAGAUUACUUCUAUGUCCAAUUGGGAAAAAUGGAGGGCAACCAACUUGCAGCAUUUUUGGAUGAAGACCCUGCAUUGAUGGAAAGGAGACAACAAUGUGCCAAGAGGCUUGAACUAUAUAAAUCUGCAAGGGAUGAGAUUGACUCGGUCUCAUGGUCCCGAUAAGAACAAUGGAUAACAGCCUAAUGCAAUGGUAAGAAUUACACGGUAAAAUUUCUGCCUAGGUUGGUGUUUCUGAGUAGAGUAUAAGCUCUUACCCCGAUCGUCCCCAUUGAUCUAGUUUUUCUUAGAUUGAGAUCCCAUCGUUUUUCUACUAGAAAGGCUCAAAAUUUUGCUUGAUUAGUGCUCUGUCUUUCCAUUUCCUAUUAACUUUUGAUUCAUUCAAGUUAUUCAUUGAGUUAUAUUGAACCGAGGAUUUGCAUAGAAGGUUAUAAAAGAAAGGAAAAUGGUGACAUUUUCCGUGCCACAGCCACCACUACCUGAAAUACUGUAGGAACUUUGUAUUAACUUUUCUAAGUUGUUGGUGGGUAACUACAAUUUUCCUUA